ACUGACAAUCAGAUGUUCUUUUGAUUAGUAUGUAAACUGCUGCCUUGCAGCUCCAAAUAGGGAAAUGCUCCAAAAUGUCAUCAUCAGAUGCAACUUGCUCGAGACACGCGUUGGCACUUGAUUUUGUUUUUUUGUUUUUCCAGUCACUGCCUUUGCACAGCGACCAACCCAGACACGCGUUGGCGAGGUCUUUCAAACUGACCGCGGUGACUGCUAAAUGGUCGUCCACAGACCGCCAGACUCGCGUCUCUUGAGCAACCUGAUUGCACACGAGAAAGAAUACACUAAACACUUUGCCUCUCUUUUCCCUCUCUCACAUGCUGCCCUCGCUUCUCUCUCGGCGUACAGCGCCGCCUCUCCCUCAGAAAACCCGUACUCCUCCACCUCGGCUGGCUCUCCGGCCCAAGUCCUUGCUGCCAUCGUCGACGUACUCGCGGGCGCAGACGAUGCACUCCAACGGUACCUCCAUGUAGUGGAGAAAUGGCGAGAACAGCUCGUCUUGCUGAAAGAACUCGAGGACGACGUCGGUGCCAUUCUCCGUGACAGAGAGAUCCUCGUCACGCGUGUCAUAAAGUUAUCUAAAGCACAAAAAUCAGGUCGGGAUUCCCGAUCGUCUUUCAUUCUACACCCCGGCGGAAGCUCCGCUUCUUUCUCGUCCCUACCGUCGACGACGAACUCCGUCACUAUUGGCUCCGCAGGUAGCAAACUAGCUCAUGCACAGGCAGAGCUACAGGCAUGCGAGAGCCAUCUUGCGGAGAAGGAGCGAGAGCUCGCGGUCAGACGAAUUAGCGUUGUCCGAGAAGCUCUCGGAGCACGUUGUCGUGCACUCGUAGAUUGUGGAUGGGUGUGGGGCGAGAUGGGUAAACAAGGUCUUCGUACGCUCCAGUCCCUUAGUGGCGGCUUAUCCGAGUCCCGUGACCCCGGAAUCUCAUUCUCUAGAACCCAUUCCCUGUCGCCCCCACAUUCGGCUGGGUACCAAAGACUCGAUCCAUCUUCUGCGAAUAAUGCCCCUCAAGUGCCCAUCUCCUACGCCUCUGACCUGUCGUCCCUCACACCCUCGCAAAGCGCCUCUCAACGUGCCAGCACUUCUGUAGAACGUGGCCAGGACGAACGUACUACACACGAUCAUCGGACCGAAUCGUCUCCCACACCCCCAAAAGCGGCAGAAGAAGAAAUCUUUUAUCAAGGUCACGUAGUGGUCUCUAUCCCCCCUGCUCACGCUAUCUCAGAACUUGACCUACCCACCGGCGUACCAAUUCCGAAGCCAGCAUCGCCCACACCAGCAUCAACAUCCGCAGUUUCGGCAUCGCAAUCUUCUACUUCUAAUAGUCAUGUCACUGGGACGGGUCUGCGCUAUACCCGGAGCAGACAACGCCGACCUAUAUCGAGGCACAUCUCUGAAGCUUCUGACGAAGAUGUACAGGAAGAUCGAAGCGCCGGUGUCCCUCCCAACGUUCCCCUUCCCGUGUCCGGCCCUUCUAGAACCGGUUCGGAUACAAAUAUCCCGAAUCCAGUCGUCAUGCGGAGAAGCAACAGUAGCGAUGAGUUCCCUCAUGGUCCCCUCGAAGUCGUCGAAAACGAUCCAUUCGCGAGCGUCCGAUCUAAGUCGUUACGUCCUCUUCCAACGACAGGUGAUGACAGGGACCAGACGCCCAGUCCGGAGUUGAGAAGGGGAAAACUCCGCGAACGUAAAACUUCCGUGACGUUCCUCAGUUCGUUACGUGGCUUGUUCUCGCAUCGUGCACGGACCAAGGGAGCGGGUGGGCCCGCUGCAGUAUGGGAGGGACCUUUGACGGCUGAACCUACUUCAUUCAAAUCUACGGGUGGCUGGUCUACCCGCAUAGAUGGACAUCUACGGAAUGGGCGCAAUAGCACGGAUUCGGAGGCGGGUCCCAAACCGGGCAUCAGACAAUCCUUAUCCGGGGUCUCGCCGAAGUCGAAGUUGCGCAAAGUCCGUGGGCAAUCGAUGGUUAAAUCGUCCAGUAGCCCGGGAAGUCCGCGUGUGCAUGCAGGUAAUGCGAAUGGGUGGGUAACGGACGGCGAGAGUGCACGAGGAAUGGUGAGGGGGAGAAGCAAACGCCGGAAAAAGUCUAUUGCGGCGUUGAAGGGACCUGAUGGUGGUUUUACGGACGGAGAGGUGGACAACGACACCGACCAGGGGAUGCAUCGCAAUCGUUCACACUCGGUUCAGACAGAGAGGCCAUACGUUCCUCCUGCAGGUGAUGCUGCCACUUCCAAACGUACCAGACGCGCUACAACCGAUUUUGCUGACGCGAAUUCCGUAGCGUUAAGCGGGAGCUCGCUCGAUGCCAAUGCACGAACUCCUCGCCCAGGUCGUUUGUCCGCUGGGCCACCCGGAAGCUCAAGUGCGCUGGCAGAGUCUCCCUCAAGCCCAUCCAGCCAGAAGGUUUCCGCUCAAGUUCAAGCACAUCCUUCCUCGCUUACUCCAGGAGCUUCAUCGCCAGGGCGCCGAGGUGCGAAAUCGGGUACACUCCAUACUCCUAACGGAAGUGCGGACCAGAGUUUGAUGAGCAUCGUUGAAGACGUCGCGCGUCAGAACAGGGAAAGAAACAUCGCGUCCGCUCUAGCUACUCUGAAUGGGCGUGCCAGCUCGUCAAACGGCAACUUGCCCGUGCUAGAAGUGCCCCGCGCGCCGCCGCCCCAAGCCCCACACACGCCCAGUACUACCACUCAACGCGGCCCUGCUCGUGAAGGGCUUGGCCAGCAGCCUCCAAAUGGGAAGGCGCGGUCCCUAGAUCUCCAGCGUCGUGGCUCGGUGACGUCGACCUCACGUGUCAAUGCGGCUUCGACUUCCCCAAAAAUGCGGAGUACCCCCUCGAGUGAAGUGAAGAGUGCUCCUCCUGCCGGCAGUGUUGUCAGUGGCAGUAGCGGCACCAAUCCUAGUACGUCGUCACAGCUUGCGAAGACUCCGCUACGUUCUGCCUUGCGUAACGCGAGCCGUACGCCAUCUCCGAAUCCCGUGACGUUCACGACCCCCGCUAUUCCCUUCCAGGGACAACCCGCAUAUGUUACCGAGGCUGAUCAAGUAGGCAGACGUUCGCUGGAGCAGAUACUCUCUGCGACACGGGGUUCCUCCGUACCUGACCUACGUGAUUCGAUGUCCAUCUCCUCAUACGAAACUGGACGUGAGAGCCCAAUAGGUUCACCGUCGUCACCAUCACCUGUACCAUUACCUCCACUGUCCCCGGCACCACAGCCCCACCUCUCAUUGCAGGCCCCGCCUCUCUUGCACGACCAGGAUUCUCGAGACCAGGGCGGUGCUUCAUCGACCGUGUCAACAGAGACCCCGCCAGCGGUCCGCCGCAAGAGCGUGCGCAUGUCUUUGCAUCCGACAUUCUCACCUCCCCCUCCUUCUGCAGCCUAUGAUCAAUUUGACGAGGACGAGGCAGAAGCUACGUGGUCAGAUCGACCUCGACCUGUAGAAGGUUGGAAGACUAGGGCUGCGUUGCAUGCCGCUGCUGCUGCUUCUCCCAUUGAUGUGUGGCAAGACUCGAGCGAGGAGGAUGAGGAGUAUAGUCGUGCGCGACGACUUCUUAGCCGCGUUGCUAAGGGCAAGGGCAAGGGCAAGGUUUGAAGUUUUCCCCAUUCUCGUCGCUAUAUAUUUUAAAAAACCUUUGUGUAUUACGCUCUAUUCCUCCGUCAUCAUCCUUGUAUUCUCCUCUCCCUCUCUUAUCCACGGUUUGGAGAUACGAAGUUAUUCGUUAUUCUAUGGUUUCCUUCUGGUGCUUUCUUUUUCGUCUUCGUCUUCGUCUUCAUCUUCGUCCUGGUUUUCGUUCGUUCUUCAUGGGCACUGUGUUUUGUGUGCGUCGUUCGUUCAGGCAAGCAGUGCAGUCUAAUACUUGCC